AUGCAGGUAUACCGGGUGACCAUCUUUGCCGAAGGCAAUCUGACUUUGUCCAAGCCUGAUCCCGGGGUUCAUUCUUUUCUGAGAAGUGUCAGAUUCAACAAUAGUGUUGGCGAAAAAGUCUCCUUUGAUAAAAAUGGAGAAUUUAUUGGUGGAUAUGAUAUAAUCAAUUGGAUCACAUUCCCAAACCAGUCCUUUCUUAGGGUCAAAGUUGGAGUGAUAGAUCCCACAGCUCCACCAGACAACUUCUUCAAUAUUUCUUUAGAUUCCAUCACAUGGCCAGUAGGCUUUAAUCAGGCAUUACCUUUAUCCUUGUGUAAUGAUCCUUGUGAGGUAGGAUACAACAAGGCUAAGAAAGAAGGGGAAUCAUUUUGCUGCUAUGAUUGCCAUAUAUGUCCAGAGGGGAAAAUAUCAAAGGAGAAAGAUAUGGAUGACUGCUCGCUAUGUCCUAUAGAUCAAUAUCCGAAUCCUGAGAAAAAUAUGUGCAUUCCAAAGCGGAUCACCUUUUUGUCCUAUGAAGAACUCUUGGGGAUCAGUCUGACUGUUCUUUCCCUUUUCUUUUCUUUAAUGACAACUUUGAUCAUCACAGUAUUCAUUAAACACAAAGACACUCCCAUCGUCAAAGCCAACAACCGGAUUCUCACGUAUAUACUCCUACUUUCCCUUCUCCUCUCUUUCCUUUCUGUCUUUCUAUUUGUUGGGAGACCAGAUAAGGUUUUUUGUCUCCUUCGACAACCAGCUUUUGGCCUCAUCUUUUCCAUAGCAAUUUCUUGUGUAUUGGCCAAAACCUUUGUUGUGGUUCUAGCAUUCAUGGCCACCAAACCUGGUUCUAAACUGAGGAAAUGGGUGGGUGGAAGAAUGGUCAGCUACAUUAUUCUUUUCUGCUCCUUUGUUCAAAUAUGUAUUUCUGCUGCAUGGCUGAUAAUAUCCCCACCAUAUCCAGAUUUUGAUACACAGUCAAUGUCUGAAGAAGUCAUCUUGGAGUGCAAUGAAGACUCUGUUAUGUUCUGCUGUGUUUUGGGCUUUAUGGGUUUUCUUGCUCUGGUUAGUUUCUCUGCUGCUUUUCUAGCUAGGAAGUUACCUGACAGCUUCAAUGAAGCCAAAUUCAUCACCUUCAGCAUGUUGGUCUUCUGUAGUGUUUGGCUGUGUUUUAUUCCAACCUAUCUAAGCACUAGGGGAAAAUACAUGUUGGCUGUGGAGAUCUUCUCCAUGAUCUCCUCCAGUGCUGGAUUAUUGGCGUGCAUCUUUCUUCCCAAGUGUUUUAUCAUUGUGAUGAAACCUGAACUGAACAAUAAACACCAGCUCAUGAAAAGGAACUUUUGA